AAAAGGUCUCAAGUCUUUGUGUUAUAAUGUGGUUGAAAAAUAUUCUCAUCGUGUUCAUUAUGUUGCGGAAACCAUGAACAUGACCACUACACAGUUAACAGGGUGGAAUUAGCCUUUAUAAAUGAAAGAAAGUGUGUAUGUAUCUAUGGGGAUUGAAUGUGAGAUGCUUGUGUAAGAGGAUAUGUACCUUGGCAUCACUACAGUAAGACUCCAGUAAAUUUCUUGUUUCAUCAACACAAGGUUAAUGAAUUUUCUUGCUGGACAUAACUUUACAGCAGUUUCUUAUAUUCUGGAAAUUUUUAUGUGAAAAAGAUUUGUGAGAUACAAUUUUAUCCUGAAAAUACCCAGUAUUGGCUUGAGGGCACCCCAUAUUCUAUUCCAAAAUAUUCCAUUGUAGAUUCUCAUCUAGUUUAUACCUGCAUUUAAUGCAUAUCAUCACAAGGAAUUAUGUUUAACUCACAAUUUUACAGCAGAAUAUUGAUAAAAUCAAGGUAGAAAAUGAUGUGGAUGUUCAGAGUGAAGAUGAUUCCGUUGACGUGAGAAAUGAUGAGGUUAACACACCAUCAGCUUUUCCCAUAAUGAAGGAUGAAUGGAAGUUUUACAGAACUGUAUGGAUUCGGUGAAAGAUGAACCUCAUUCAGACAGUGAGACUUGUCGGGAUGGAAAUCAGGUCAUCAGUGUAAAAGCUGAGGAUGUCUCAGAUAUGGAAAUUGAAGAACACUAUGUGGCAAUAACAUUUCCAGUUAUAAAGGAUGAACAGGAGAGUCCUCAGAAUGAACAUGAACUUAAGCAUGGUGGGGGACAUCCCUAUUCCUGUGUUGUAUGCAGUAAAACAUUCUGUUGGCCAAGUGUUCUAAAGCAACAUCAAUGCACACAUAGUGGAGAGCGUCCAUAUACCUGUAAUGUGUGCAAUAAGUCAUUCUGACGGAAUCAAGAUUUGAAGAUACAUAAACAUGUACAUAGUGGUGAACGCCCAUAUUCCUGUGAUGUAUGCAGUAAAACAUUCAGUGUGAAUAGUAGUCUGAGGAGACAUAAGAAAAUACAUAGCCCAGAACAUCCAUAUCCCUGUGAUGUAUGUAACAAAUCAUUCAAUCUGAGAGGUUAUCUGAAAGAACAUACACAG